CUAUGAUAGAGAGGCUGAUGCACUCCAGCUAUCCUGGUUGGAUUGUGAUCUGUCAGUCAGCCUCUUAUCCCCAACCCUAAUCAUUUGUCCAAAGGGUUGAAUGCCGAGGUUGUUGGUGGCUGCUUGUACUAGAUCUGGCGGCUGAGCAAAAAUCAGUAUGAAUCUCACCCGGGGGACUAUGAGGAUGCCCUGCCUAAGUGUGUCAAUGCAAUAGUCAUAUGGAUGUGAAUAACAGCAAGCUCUGAUCAUGAGAGGAGGAAACCUUCAAGCAACUAAAGUGCUUUUUUUACCUGCAGUCUCCUUGACUCUUAUUUAACUGUUAAUUUAGGAUUAUCUUCGGCAUCUUGUAUUCAUCACUUCUUCCUGAAAAAGUCACCAUCAAGCUAGGAGCAGCAUCACUUCAGCUUGAACAAGGACUCACUCUGGAGAUGGGAAGCCUGGCAGAUUUGUUUUAAAUCAGCAAAUCAAAAGUUGUGAAUGGAUUUUAUUUGCUCUGACCUGAAAAAUCACCUGAUAAGUACAAAUUCUGUUCUAUGGACAAUGUUAAAUAUUGAAUAAUUAAAUAUCUUCAAAUUGAACAAGUUUAUGUUAGAUAGUAUUUAUGAUUCGCAGAGAGGAAGAUGUUUUUGCUUUCAAAGAAUUCUGCAAAUUCAGAUGGUAAAAUAAUGGUGAGAAGGUUUCUUGUAACCUUAAGGCCUUUCAGGUUAUUUGUGGCUGGGAUUGGAUUCUUCACCCUAUGUUUUAUAAUGACCUCCUUUGGCGGACAGUUUUCAGGCAAGAGAGUGGGAGACUCGCCUUUUGGCAUUAGACAAUUAGGUAUCAAAUCUGAAGGAAUUGGUUUAGAGUCACGUGUGCUGAGGAAAAUGACAGAUAUGCUGGAAGUAAUAGUGAAGCGGAUGGAGCCACUGGCAAAACUGGAAAAUGUGAGUGACUUCAGAAAAUUGGAGGAACUCAGCUCUGCUUUAAAUCGUUUCCAACCGGCAGGACUCAUGGAGAAGAUUCAAGCAAUUGCACAAAAUGUUUCACAUUUAACAAGUAGAGUUGAACAGCUUCUGCAAACAAGCCUUGCUGCAAGAAGAGAAGUUUCCUUCUAUGAGAAAGCCAAAGGAAAGGACAGCAGCCAAUGUGAGAUUCCCAAAGAUCCAAAUUUCCCUGACUGCCUUGGGAAGAUUGAGUGGAUGAGAGCCAGGUGGACCUCAGAUCCUUGUUAUGCUUAUUAUGGUGUUGAUGGCACGGACUGCUCCUUUCUCUUGUACCUCAGUGAAAAAGAGUGGUUUUGCCCCCCACCACCAUGGAAAAAUCAUACUGCUUUCCCUCCCAGGACUGAAACAAAAGUGCAGGUUGUCUUCAUAAAUCAUUUUGGAGUGAAAGAGUCAGUCCUGAUUAGCCUGAACAAAGCAGGUACUGAAGAAAAGGCCUCUUUCCUUCAGUUAGGCCAACUUUAUAGCAGAUACAGCUCUCUCAUCGCUGUGACUCCUCAUCUGGUUGAUUAUGCACAAAUUCUUUUGGUCUUCAUGUUCAAACAGGCAUUCUAUCGAAUGGACUUCACACAACUUCUUGAACUCAUGGGCAGUGGAAAGGAAUCGCUAAUAUUCAUGAAAAAGAGAAUCCGGAGAUUGUCAACACAAUGGAUUUUGGCAGUUCAGAGCCUCAGAGAGAAACUUGAGAUGAGAAAGAGGCAACGGAAGAAGAUCUUGGUCCACCUGGGUUUCUUGACUGAGGAAGCAGGCGAUGUCUUCAGCCCUGUGGUGUCAAAAGGAGGCCCAUUGGGCGAGUUGGUACAAUGGGCUGAUAUCUUAGCCACUCUGUAUGUGUUGGGUCACAGCUUGAAGAUUUCAGCUACUUUAAGGGAGCUACAAAGUUUCCUAGGUGUUCCUCCAGGGAGGGGAAGUUGUCCUCUGACUGCACCAUUGUCUUUUGACAUAAUAUACACGGAUUAUCAUGGACUUCAACAAAUGAAACAAAACAUGGGUCUUUCUUUCAAAAAGUACAAAUGUCGGAUCCGGGUGAUUGACACAUUUGGUACAGAGCCAGCCUACAAUUUUGAUGAUUAUGCAAAUCUCCAUGGUUACCGAACAAACUGGGGUCACUGGAAUCUCAAUCCAAAACAGUACAUGACUAUGUUUCCACAUAGUCCUGACAACUCAUUUAUGGGUUUUGUUGCCGAGAAACUGAACAACACUGAGAAAGAGGCUAUUCAAUCAAACAAGGUCAACAAUAUGGCAGUUGUGUACGGAAAGGAUGCUAAUAUGUGGAAGGGAAAGGCGAAGUAUCUUGAAGUUAUUAAUAAGUACAUGGAAAUCCAUGGAACUGUUUACUACGAGACACACUGGCCACCAGAGAUGCCUAUGUUUGUCAAAAACCAUGGCCUACUACCUCAACAUGAGCUACAAAGACUACUAAGGAAAGCAAAGCUCUUCAUUGGAUUGGGGUUCCCAUAUGAAGGACCUGCCCCUCUGGAAGCCAUUGCUAAUGGAUGUAUUUUUCUGCAACCCCGAUUCAACCCACCUCACAACUCAAAAAACAAUGAGUUCUUCAGAGGGAAACCCACAUCAAGAGAGGUUUCCUCACAGCAUCCAUACACUGAGUAUUUCAUUGGUAAACCACAUGUAUGGACAGUGGAUUUCAAUAAUACAGAGGAACUGGCAUCAGCUGUAAGGACAAUUUCAGCAACCAAGGUUGAACCUUAUCUUCCAUAUGAAUUUACUUGUGAAGGGAUGCUGGAACGUGUCCAUGCUUACAUCCAAUACCAGGAUCUGUGUGACACAGUAUUUCUAUCAUGGCCUCAGAAUCUUGCACAGCGUUUCUCACCCUCACCUAAUGCCACAAAUCGAAUCACGUUUCCUCAAAAUGUCACUGGACAUUUCUGGUCUCCAAAUGCCACCAAAGUGCUCACCUGGCCUCCUGUAAGCUCAAUGCAAUUCCAAGUAUCAGCAACAGCACAAUCUUGUACGAAUGCCUGUCAAGAGCAUGGACUCACCUGUGAACCAACAUUCUUCCAGUUUAUCAACAAUAAGGCCAUCUUUGACAAGUUCAAUUUUGUCUGUGACAGCAUUGAGUCUGAGGCUAACCAUCUCUAUCCUGCCUUUGAGGAAAUCGCUCAGGACUGUUACCUUCAGAAGCAGAUCCUGCUGUUCAGCUGUGCAGGCCAUCACCCGAAAUAUAGACGACUCUGUCCCUGCAGAGACUUUCGCAAGGGACAAGUGGCACUCUGUAAAGGUUGUUUGUGAACUUUUGAGCUUUUUAAGCAUGAAGACUGGUAAAAAAAAAGAAACCUGACUAUCCUAAUGAUGUAAUGACCCAUCAGCGCUUCCAUCCAAUCCAAAAACCACACGAUGGACACAUUUCUCCAAGAGAAAUAGCGAAGAAACUGAGGAAAAUCUCCAAGAGUAUUCCCACACAGGUUACCUUGAUAAAAGAAAAGGAAAAUUAUACUUGAACAGGCAAUAUCUAACCUGUGAUCUUGUUUAAGUUUCUUCAAGUGUUUGCUUUUGUUGCAUGCAAAUAAAAAGUCCAUGUGAACUUGUUUUUAACUUAUACACCUCCAUGUUUAAACAAUGUUUCAGACCAAUCCUGUGGUUAUCAAUGAUUCAGAAUAAAUAUUUGUGUCAAGAAUCAAGAGUUCCUUAUUAUUAAAUAUAGUUAUAGAUGUUUUUAUUUAAGCUAGAAACCUGUAAAUUAGGGGAUUUUCUCCAUUCCAAGUUUUGUUCUAUUUGUUACAUGCACAAUGGUACCGAACAUAAUGAGACCAUUGGUAACUUUUUUUUGGAUUCAGUGCAGAAGUGCAACUCAAGUAUUCAGUUAAUCUAAAUUUGCUUUUUAUUCUGCAUGCAUCUUUAUUCUGGACAAAUGAAUUGAUGCAGCAAACAAAUCUUACAAACUUUAAUAUUUAUAAAGUUCAAAAUGAUUUGUUGCUCAAUUGCUGUAAUUUUACAUCAUAAAGCCCUGGAGGAGUAAAAAUGCCAGUUUCUGAAUAAAUCUGAAUGACAACACAAUCAAUCACUUAUUCUAAUAACACAGCGUGAAAAAAAUGUUUGAUAGAAGACAUCAAAAUUGAUUCCUCAAAUGAGUUAGCCACAACAUUGGUGCUGUGUUUCACUGAGAACUCUUCUAAACAUGUUCAUAAAUAUGAAAUAAAUAUGGUGAAAGCUUAUUGAAGGGUAUCUAUUAAUGUCUGAUCUAUUUGAACUGAGUACAUGUUCUUGCAAAAUCUGCGUCAUUUAUAUUUAUGGCCUCUGAAAAGGAUAUCUUUGUAUCAGAUAGUGAAGUAACUUGUAAUA